UGUCCUGAAAAUAGAUGCAAGGGUUUGACAGCUGAUCCACUGUAGGCCUGGGGAUCCUGGCGCGUCAGUUGCAAUUUUUUUUUGCUUGCUUGGUUCAGUUUUGUUGUGACCACAUGGGGAUGAUGGUAGGAAGCACGUUACGUGCGAACAUAGCUUGUUUCCUGACCAUAUACAGUUUAGGUGUCUGUGUGCGAGAGGCGGAUGUGUGUGUGUGUGUAUGUGUGUGAGUUAGGAAGGUGUAUACUGGGGAGAACGGGAAGUGUAUAUAUGCCAGUGUGGUAGAGGGAGAGAGAGAGAGAGAGAGGGGGAGAGAGAGAAGGGGAAAGUCACAUUGAAUGCUGGGCCGGCGUGCCGCAUUAUCUCGGCAAGAAACAACAUCAGUUAUCCUACUGUAUUCCAAGACAUUUAGCGGCAAUAAACCGGCGGCAAGCGAGGGAACGAAUUAACGAGACGGCCCGAAAACGGCACUUGUGUAACUUGUGAGGUGUAGUCAGACCUACCAUCUGAGCAGUGCAGAUUUCUAGUGGAUGUGGCCAAGUUGUUGUCAGUUAUACGCUCGUUAUACUGGAGGGCCCGUUGUGUCUUAGGACGUUGCAGCAAACAGUACACAAUGCAGGCUCCUGAUGCAGUGUACACAUGAGACAGAAUGCUACUAGAUUUAGCCCAGACAAUGAGUGUCUGCGACAAUCGCAUGCAUUUGGCAGCACCUUUCAUUACUUAUUUGCACAUCAUUAGACACACAUUUCCAGGGCACAUAUAAGUAAAAACUUAGAAGGCCUGAGAGCACAUAAACUACCUUUAACUGGCAAAGCUAUAAGUUAAAGACACUUGAAGUAGGAGGCUGGCUUUUUGUUUACGUUUAAACUGUCUUGAUAGGAUGCGGCCACAUGCAAGUGGUUGAACUCGCUCUCCACUUAAACCCCUCGUAGUGGCACUCUUGAAAUUUGAUACCAUUGCCUUAUAGUGUUUAUAGUGACGCAGAGUGUCUGACAGUCAGAUCCUGCAAAUCAAGGUCUCUGCUUUACCCACGAUAUGCUGGGAGCGCUUUCCCCAUUUAAAACAAGACCCCUCAUCGCUUUUUGAGCCACGCUGUUUUCUUAUUUUCGCGUCUGCAUUUAUGUACAGUGUGUUUGCAUAUAUGUUUUAAAAGUCCAGAAAUAGUUGCGACUAUAUAAGGUCAGUUUUGCUUAACCAUUAUUUCAUUCAAAGGUGUCGCUUUUGCUGAUAUUUUGUCAGAGCGAGGAGCCAGCACUGAUAUGAAACGUAGAGCCUGCAAACUAUCCUAAGAAGAUGUUAUUCAAGUUACCCACUAUAUGAAGUUAUACAUCAGAAGGUUGUUGGUACUCUAUAGUGGCCUUUAGUAGAAAGUGGAAUGGACUAGAGUCCCUGACUGCCAGAAGCAGUGCUUUGCUUAUAACAGGACGCUGGGUGCAGUUCCACAGGUGUGACAGCCUUCCUCACUACGCCCAAGAGCCCAUUCUUCAUGUGGAAACUUAAACCGCUUCUCUGCAGAAUGUCAGCAAAGGAUCGACACAUUGAUUCGAGCUGCUCAUCAUACAUUAAGACAGAGCCGUCCAGCCCUGCCUCACUGACAGACAGUAUCAAUCACCACAGUCCAGGUGGCUCGUCGGACGCCAGUGGGAGCUACAGCUCCACUAUGAAUGGACAUCAGAAUGGCCUGGACUCACCCCCGCUCUACACCACCACCACCCUGGGUACCAACGGCAGCUCCCGUAAACGAUACGACGACUGUUCAAGCACUAUAGCCGAAGACUCGCAGACCAAGUGCGAGUACAUGUUGAACUCCAUGCCUAAAAGAUUAUGUUUGGUCUGCGGCGACAUAGCAUCAGGAUAUCACUAUGGUGUGGCUUCAUGCGAGGCAUGCAAAGCCUUCUUCAAGCGCACUAUACAAGGUAACAUUGAGUACAGCUGCCCGGCGACAAAUGAAUGUGAAAUCACAAAGCGUAGACGCAAAUCUUGCCAGGCUUGCCGUUUCAUGAAAUGCCUAAAAGUAGGCAUGCUGAAAGAAGGUGUGCGCCUAGACAGGGUGCGUGGGGGACGGCAGAAGUACAAACGCAGGAUAGAUGCAGAGAACAGCCCUUACUUGAACCCUCAGCUGGUCCAACCAGCCAAAAAGCCAUUCAACAAGAUUGUCUCACACUUGCUUGUGGCUGAGCCAGAGAAGAUCUAUGCCAUGCCUGAUCCAACCGUUCCUGACAGUGACAUCAAGGCCCUUACUACACUAUGUGACCUGGCUGAUCGAGAACUGGUGGUCAUCAUUGGAUGGGCAAAGCAUAUUCCAGGCUUCUCCACAUUAUCUUUGGCUGAUCAGAUGAGCCUCCUCCAGAGUGCUUGGAUGGAGAUUCUGAUCUUGGGGAUUGUGUACAGGUCACUGUCCUUUGAGGAUGAGCUGGUGUAUGCUGAAGACUACAUCAUGGAUGAAGACCAGUCAAAGCUCGCUGGACUGCUUGAUCUGAAUAAUGCCAUACUGCAGCUGGUAAAAAAAUACAAGAGCAUGAAGCUGGAGAAGGAAGAAUUUGUCACCCUCAAAGCUAUAGCGCUUGCUAAUUCAGAUUCGAUGCACAUAGAGGAUGUUGAGGCUGUGCAGAAGCUGCAAGAUGUCUUGCAUGAGGCCCUGCAGGACUACGAGGCCGGGCAGCACGGGGAAGAUCCACGCCGUGCUGGUAAGCUACUGAUGACUCUCCCUCUUCUCCGGCAGACCUCCACCAAAGCUGUGCAGCAUUUCUACAACAUCAAACUGGAAGGCAAAGUUCCCAUGCACAAACUAUUCUUGGAAAUGCUCGAGGCCAAGGUCUGACUAGAGGAACCUAGGCCAUCCCAUGAAAACAUACAGAAGGGGUUAGGCCACAUCAAAGGGAAGAAACGUAGGAAUUGAAACAGACAAAAGUUAACUGUAGUGUUUAAUUGAAAAAAAAACUGCACUGAUAUUUAGCAGUAUGACUGUGAAGCAGCUUUCAACUUCUCAUUCUUCUAAGAUUUUUUCAUGCAGAUUUUGCUGUUGAACUUUUUAAUGAGGUCUCUAAAUGAAGAGAGAGAAGGAAGCCGACCCUGCCAAAGGAUGGGAAUCCAUACUAUGGAUGCCACUGAAUUAAUAAGAAGAAAAAUAUCCCCAUCAACAAAGGAUUCAGACUGACAACUGUUUUACCUACCAGUACAGCGCAUCGACUGAAUGCAGUAUUAGGUUCCAUAUGAACAGUCUGUGAUUAGGCUUCGGAGCAGUGUUGCAUUGGCUGCUUCUCCUCAUUGCAUUUUUUCCACCUUAGAUCAGUUACAGCCAUUUAAUUCCUUAAUUGUUUUCAAGUCUUCCAGAUAUUUCUUAGGUUAGGAACUAUGUCUAUUUCAGGGAAUAGUAAGCUUUACUCAGUCACGCAAUACUGAAAAUACUGCAUUUCUUUGCUGGCUGGAAAAAACGAUGGACAGUUAUGAAGAACAAACAAAACUUUUUUUAAAACCUUUGUUGUUGAUGUUGUUUAUGGGUUUUUUGUACCAGCUUUACCACUACAGCCAUUUUAUUAAUCUGUGAAUUUAUCUUAAGCAAUAGUGAAUGAGAAGGUGCAUACUUUUUAUGGAUGCAAUUUAUGUUGAGUGCCAGUUCAGUCAAAAUCCUCGACUUCUUUAACACAAGGUAAUACAUAGCUUGAAGAUCACUACUGAAAUUAGAUUACACCUUUAUUGAUAGAUUAGUCAAUCUGACAAUUGAAUCCAAUGCAACAAGAUUAUACACUCGCUUGUCCCAACAUACUUUGGAAAUAUGGUACUAAUGUAAAAUAAUGUACUUGACAGGCAUAUUUAUUAACCGUUCAAAACAUGACUGUUAAGGUGUAAAUUUGAUUUAGCAACUAAUCAGAUGUUUUCCUCCCCUUUAAAGGCUACAUUUGCUACAUUUUAAAAAACAAACAAAGGCGCUAACCUGUACCAAGUACUCAAAUGUCAGUAUUAGUAGCUGCUCCCUGUUGUACCAUGGUGACAUCCUCUUCUGUGUACACAUAUGUAAUCAAAGAUUGUGAGCCCAACCUGAGGUCAUGUAUUGGAAACAAAAAAAAUGUUGUAGUUCAGCUUGCAAUGUUUCAUGUUUGCUGUGUUCUUCUAAUUUUAGUUGAAUUCAAAGACUGUUGUCUUGUUCUUAUUGUGGUGUUAGAUUCUUGUGAUUGUACGCAUUAGACACAGGGUAGAAUUAGAGACAGUAAUGGAUGUAAAAUUCCUCAGGAGAUAGUGUAUUCUAUUCCUUACUGGUGAUAAGAUUGCUCCUAUUAAUAAUAAGAACAAAUAGUUUAAGAAUCAGAACAAAUAUCUCUUCCGACAAUACACAUUUAAAUCAUUAAUUUAAAAAGGGAUAUUUUGUGUAACAGUUUAUUGUAGAAUAACAAUGUAUAUCUUAGAAAAGAAUUUGAAUAUUUCCAAUCAAUAGGUAAAUGUCUAAUUUUUAAAUGCUGUAAAUAUAGCUAUGUUCAAACAUCUCAAAUGGUUGUUAAACCAGCUUUGUGUCGUUACAAGUUUUUGGUGCAUACAAGUUUCCCACAAACUACUGCUACAUUGUGUGCUUUGAACAAAAAAAAAAGAAAAAGACAAAAAGGUUGGCGGUAUGCAUCAACCUUGUGCUAUAAAUACUGUGUAUCAUUAGCUGUACGAGACUAUAUAGUAGAUUGUGGUUUCUCAGUAGAGAAUUGACUGUACUGUGAUUCUAGACUUUAUUCAUCAUUAGCAGCUCGUUCAGGUGGUCAAUAACUUGAAGUUUAUAGCUGUAAUAGGGAACUAAGAAGCUGGCACGACCCUUAAAAAAAAUCCAACUCCUGGGAGUAAGGUGCUGAUUUUGAGUAAUAGGAGCUUAGCUCUGUGGAGUGCAAGGGAAGAAUUUAAGAUUUAUUUUGUUCAUGCUUGUUGUUAGAACCAGCAGCAGAGUCUCAUUUACCAGUACUCAGAGCAGAAAACUGAGAUAUUUAAAAUGGUUCUACGUUUUAAGCUGUAUCUAUUUUUUUUUCUCCUUUCUUUUCUUUAUAAUUAUCUUUUUUUCUGCUUAAUUAUGGCAAUAUGAUUGUGCGACUCCUUACAGUUGCACUUGCAUUUCAAUCAGAACAAAUAUUUAUUCCACUAUUUGCAUUUUAAAAAAAAGACAAGUUUCAAAAUAAUAUGAAAAAAUUAUAAACAGCUAUUUUUCUUAUAUAGAAGAGAAUGUUGGGUGUUGGUGGUUGUAUUUAAAUUAUUUAUGCAUCUGUGUUUACCUGCCUACAAACAAUUUACGGCAGUCUUACAUGCAAAGUUUAAAAGCAGAAAAAAAACGUUUUAAAAAAGCUACAAAUACCAGGAGUUGAAGUUUAAUCUGUAGUGAAAAACCAUGUCUGUAGGUCUAGACAAGCUUUGUGCUUCACAUCUGUAAACAAUCAACUGUAUAUUUUUGUGACGUGUAUCAUACUGUGUGCUCUGACAAAUGUCCAUUUGUGUAAAUGUAUUUAUUUUAUAUUGUAUAUAUUGUUAAUGCAAAAGGAGACAAUGAUUCUGUAACUUUAAUCAGUUCCAAUGUGUACUCUAAUUAUGCCUUCAGGAUGAUGGUAGAGCAAUAUUAAACACGCUUCCACUUUUACAUGCU